CUGUUAACCAAGGUGGUGGCAGCCUGGUCUGCGCAUAUUCCCACCUUCAUUAAUUCCUCAAAGUUGCUCCUUACCCCCUGCGCCGUCAUACCAUCGUGGGCCGAGCCCAGCCAGAAGUUCAGUCUCUACGUCGCCAACAGCCAUCAUCCUUCUUCUUCUUCUUCUGCUUCUUGGUCACUGCCAUUGCUGUUGUGGCGGCAAAAUCACUCACAGCAAUCUGCAGACUGGACUGGGCUUUGCAUGUAAUGGCCUCCGGGGAUUUAGGUCAUCAGCACACGCGCGAUUAUCUCGAAACCUCGAACCACACAUCAAACCUAUUCGGCUUGCUAUCAAACAAUCUUGUUUUGUACCAAACUCUCCCAUACCUUCCCGUAUCUGCCAUCCUCAACAUUGCAGCAACCUCCCGACCCUUCCGUGACCUACUUCUCCACGGUACCCCUAGCGUGUUCAGACAUCUCGACUUGACACAAGUCAAGACCGCGCAGUUUGACAUCGAUGGCAUCGACCAUGGCGGGCAAGUCUGGCGCAACGUUCAGGUUGAUGAGAAUCUCACCGAAGAUGACUUCUACUCGGGGCCCCUGAGGGGCAUCUUCUCAAGCCUCCGAAGGCGCAACAUACUCCAGGACGUAGGCACUCUAGUUCUCGACGGGCUUUCCGUGACGUCCGAAUUCCUCAACGACAUCCUCAUCGAUCCUGAGUCGCGCGUCCGAAUACUCUCGGUACGAGAAGUCAAGAACCUCAAUGAGCGAAAGCUCAUGCAGUCCCUGCGCUACGCCUGCCGACCGUCGCGAACAGAGGGCAUGCCACGCCUAAAGGCGCUCUAUUACUUUGGGAAGAAGGAUGCCGCACCGCUCCUUGCCGCACCGCCAGCCGCGCAGAGUGCUGCGACGCCCAGAGGCGCCAACAUAAGUGCUGGCUGGAAUCAGAAAUCCCAACAAUCAUUGAAAGAAUCCAUUGCGGGAGACGGCGAUGACUGGUACGGCCGGAAAGGCCGAGUGAUCAACAAGCGCAUCAUCGACGGGUGGGCUGAGACAUUACUUGACUGCCGCGAGGUGUUGCAGUUCGACACCGUCCUCUGCACCGGCCCACGCCACCGGAACUCGCCUGCAUUUGGCAAAACACCAGUCACGCCGGCCUCAGCAAAUGGCGGUAGCCCCUGGGGUGUCGCCACCUUUGCCGUGGGCGGAUGUGCCUCGUGCGGCUCUGCCCCUGAAGGCUUCACCGUGUACGGCUCGGCUCGCCAGCAGGACCUUCCAUUGCUGUCUCCUGUGCCGCUGCACUCAUCGAACGUCAAGUCUGCUACGCGUCCAGCGCCGACAACGGUGAACAAUUUGAACGGACAGCAUGAGUUUGUCCCCCGCUGUCUUGAAUGUAUUCGCGAAAGAUACUGUUUUAGCUGUAACCAGUGGUGGUGCGAAGCUUGUUAUCAGGUUCCGAGCCGGGAGGAAAUGACCCUGCAACACGUCCACAUCGUAGAUGAGGCCAAUGGUCUGAACGAUCACGAACUCGCUGCUUUCGAGCAGCCAAAAGUCAAGGUACGGAUGGGAUAUUGCCACGACUGCGUCUUGAAAGUGACCCCACGUUGAUGGCUCCUCAAAAACCCGCCCACCUCUAGAACACAUGACACCACCCGAUGAAUCUCGUGGGGUGGCGAACAGGAUGCGAGUUCUCCGCCCGUUUCCCCUCGUUCUCUAAAAUUGUAUGCCGACAGAGUUGCGCCCGCAAGGCGUGGCUUUGAACCCCCUACCCAUACACCCAGGAGGCCAAAGAGAGCUUACUUAGGCUGACGCGACGUUGAACAGACGCCGAAAAUCACGCGUAGCUGCUGGGAAUGCGAACAUAACUGCCUUGAUUGUAUUGCCGAGACGCAGAAACGCUGCCACGGGUGUGGCGGCGGCUAUUGCAUCAUUCACCACGAGGGGUCAACACUCAAAUUGGUAGGCGCCCUAUGUCAAAUUCAUGCAGUGAAAAAUCAACUAACAGCCUUCCCAGUGCGAUUGUAUGGCCGACGUCUAGUCCUUUGAUGCUAU